AUGAUGGAGGGGAAUCAACUGGCGAUCAUCAGCGUUGCAAUGGCCGCAGUGGAGGCGGAAAACCCUGUGGGUGGGGGGGGGCGGGGGAGGACAAUACCGCUACAGAGCUUGGGGGGGGGUGAAGGUCACGCGAGCGCGCGAGGGGAGAAAAGCCCAUCAGAAGCUGGGAGGCUGCGCGGAUGCAUGCGGGAGAGAGAGCGACGAAGGACUAGAGGUGGUGAGAGGGGAGGGGGGGGAUCCAAGACUCGACUGGAUGGGGGGGGGGGGGGGGGGGGGUGGUCUUCUGUUUCGUAA